UACUAAUCAACGCGCCUUCGUCAUUAUCAACACUAACUUUGAGAAAUGUUGAGAUUCCUCGUGUCUCUUGUCGCCUUGAGCUCCGUGGAACUUGUUCGUGGCCAUUUUGCACCCCUAGGACCACGUGCAACACAGCAAGCCCGGGCAUCUCACUCCCAGGAAGGGGUUUUCAGACGACAAGACGAUGCCUCUACUACUAUCUGUGGAUACAUCAAUGGCGAUUCUAACCAUCCUCGACUGGCUCCUCUCGGUUUCGAUUGCCUAACGGACACCGCCGAUGGCUUAUGGGGGUUUUGUCAAACAAGUGUCUCGGUCCAAGAUUGUAGAUUCAUCGGUAUAUGCACGGAUCAGGGCUCGUGUACGUCUGGAUGCGGCACACUGUCCGGUGAAACGGGUAUCAGUACUUCAUGUCCAUCCAAUCAGUUUUGUACAACUGCAAUCUUGAUCGAUGAGUCGGAUCAGUCAUUCUCAUACAUUGCCUGCGGAAGCGAAGCAAAAACCGAAAGCGUUUUCGUGAAAUCGAACGUUGCGGUCGCAAUAACGACAUCCACUGAACGCAGCGUACUUUUGGGUAGUUCAACACCAGCUACACAAACUUCGACACCUUUACCUUCAAGCGCCAGUAUCCUGCUCAGCGUUUCAUUACCGCCGUCAACGUCAAACCCGACGCCCGGAUCUUCCGAACACAAGUCAAAUAACAUUGGGCCUAUUGUGGGAGGAGUUUUAGGAGGGCUUACAAUGAUCUGCUUGACCGUUCUUGGCGUCUUUCUCAUUCGAAGGAAGCGUGGCGCUUCAAAGGACAAAGGCCAGCCCUCUGGACACACCUACGGUCUCCGGGACGAAUUCGCCCAGGAACCUGAAUUGAGCAUGGGGAAUACGCGACACAUACGGAAGGCAUAUCAAUGGGAUAGCAGACGUGGACCGGUUGAGAUGUCGGGAGGACAUCAUGUAAACAUGGAGCCUGCCGAGCUGCCAGGAAGAGUCCACUGAUGCCUACGUACCCGAUGACAGAGAACGAAAUGAUGAAUCGAGUCGCGGUGAGGUGCGAUAGUAAUGUUGGAGGCUGGAUAUAUGUUAACCGGUAAAAACGUAAUGUAAACGAUGUGACGAGACCACGCGCGUGCUCAAAAAUGACCACAGAUGCAUUUAGUUCUCCCGCCAAGAAC